CCAGAAGUCGAUUGUUGACAUUAGCGGGGCAACUUGUUUCGUCUCGACAAUGAAGCGCCUGUCCCGUUUUAGAUCAUCGAGUAGUCACGGUGCUGCUUUCGUUUAGCAGUUUUCCUUUUUUUCUGUAAUAGCUGCGAAGGUAUCUGGUGGUCAGCCGAAGCGGGCUAAAACAUUAGCUGACGAAACAGCAACAGCAUGGGUGACGGUAGUGUCGCUGCAAAGCUCGGUAACAUGAAGGCGGUGCUCGGUAUAGUAGCUGGCGCUGGAGCCUCCUACGGAAUAUACAAGCUCUUGAGUGGAGGACGUUUUAAGAAAAGUAAGAAAGAUGUGACCAGUGCUGAACUUAGCAGCCAGUCAAGCGAUGCAACCGUUCAGCCAGGCAGCCUGAUGGCCAAAGUAUCCGGAUUGGAUGUAGUUUGUCGUCGACCUGUUGCCAAGGAGAACGUUGAUGUUGAAUCAGGUCAAGUUAUCCAUCAAGCGACUGGAAACCUGGAACCACAGCACCUGAAAAUGUUACUUGCGUGUCUGCAGACAAGCAGCAGUGCACAGCAGAGAUGUCAAAUUCUCUUGACGUUAGGGAAUGCUGCUGCUUUCACUGUAAAUCAGAAUCUAAUUCGAGAUUUUGAAGGCAUCCCCAUUAUAGCCAGUUUCCUGUCUGACCCUGCUGCGGAGGUUCGAGUGCAGUGUUUAAACGCACUAAAUAAUUUAUGCAUGAACAUCCCGAACCAGGAGUGCAUUAAGAUCUAUGUGUCACAAGUGCUUGAGUUGAUCGAAACCUCGCCUGUGAAUUCGGAUCUUCAGCUCAGUGCUCUGAGACUUCUGACAAACCUAGCGGUCACUGUUGACCACCAGCAUCUGCUGAAAGAAUCAAUAACGCUUCUGCUCUCUCUGCUUGUUGUGAGCAAUGAGACAUUACAGAUCCAGUCUUUGAGACUGUUGGUGAAUUUGUCCUCAAAUCCAGACAUGAUGGAUGACAUUGUUCAGGCCCAGGCCCCAGCCUCUGUUUUGCUGUUGUUUGACUUGAACACUGCGCCUGCUGUGCUUUCGAGGCUCCUGUCAUUUGUUGGGAACCUGAAAGCCUGGACCCCUUCUGCCCAGGUGGCUGAGGAGCUGAGGCAGAAGCAGGAUUCUGUCUUUCGUGUCAUGUUGGACGACUCCUCGGAGCUUCAUAGCAGACUAAUCAAGUUGCUUUCGCAUCCCGAUAAAGACAUUCAGAAUCAGGUGGCUCGAAUCUUGACGUAGAGUUUUUGCUUUCAUUCAGUUUGCCAAAUUCUAGUUCUCAGAAAUGUUAACUCAUCAGGUUCCCAGUUUACAUAUAUUCAUAUACAUGUCCACACUCAUAAAAUAUCUCAAUUUACCUGCUCAUCUAUCCAUAAAUAUAUAUAUAUAUAAUCCAACACACUUUUUCUGCUGAAAUAAAGUUUCAUUAUAUCAUUAGGAAUAUGGAUGUAGAUUCCAUAAAAGGUUUACACAAAGACAUAAGCCAAUGCCACUGCCAACUAUUUUAAAUAAACACUGUAUUGUACUUUAGUAGGUUUUUUGUUUCAUAAAAUCUCAAAUGCAUCAUCAGGAUAUUGGAUAUUUUUUUCAGAAAUGAUUUCAUUUUGUAUAUUACAGUGACUGAAUAGUGGUUGAAAGUGUUCAGGUUUGCUGCUGCACACCUUAGCAUGCCUUAAAAUGAACGUUGAAAGUGUUUUUCUGCUGAGAAAUUCUGACACAGCUGAUAUAUACAUUUUUGUAUUUAUUAUAUUUUUAUUUUUUAAAGACUUGACUGCAUGAUAGACAAUCCCGGUUGUGCAGUGAUUCCAUGCUCAAGAGUUUGUUCAGGAUUCUUAACACCUGCAGACCCUCCAAGGAGACUUUGAAGGGAGUUCCAAACUAAAAUGUUUAUAAAAGUAGAGACUACUCAUGGGAAUCUGAUGAACUUUUUUCUUUUGUCAUAAUGUGAUGCUUUAAUUUGCACUGACCGAAAGUGAAACUUUUACCUGCAGGACUGGUGCCGUGUUCUCCUGCUGACUGCUGCAAGCUAUUUCAAAAAUGGGGUUGAAUGUUAGCAAUCUCCCACCUGUAAUUUGCAUGAUCAGUUAUGGCGUUUAUGAUUUUGUUUUAAGCUUCUUUUACUGAACAAGAAUUGAUGCACAUGAUCAUUGUUGGACCCAGAUGUUGUUAAAGCCAAAUCGUAUAAUUCCUCAGGCAGUAAGGUUUACCGGAAAAGUACCAUUUCGGAUUGUACAAUACUGACUGAUGAGUGUGUUACCAAUGUUGAA